GCUAGCUCAUUAAUAUUCAUGAGGCGGGCCCUCGGCGUGUGCGCGCCCCGGAGCGAGCGCCACGUCACCCCGCGGAGUCGCGAGCGCGCUCUGGAGAGUCUGCGGGAGAUAAACAGCGAUCAUGGUGAAGGUGAGAAACACGUGCAUCUACAGAAAUCAGGCUUUUCUUCCUCAAACAUCACUUCAAGUCACGUCUGCUCGAGUUCAGGUCGUCCUGCGCGGGAGCGUGAACUCAGAAGUUCAGUCCAGGAGUGAAACAUAUGAAGGAGCAGAAGAACCUGCAGAAACCGAGCCGUCUACAGGUGGCGGUAAAGAGCACCCUGUGGCUCCGCCCACCAUGAUCUGGCGCGUGACGGGCGGCCUCUUCAGCGCCACGAAGGGCGUGGUCGGAGCCACGGUGGGCGGAGUCGCCUGGCUGGGCGGGAAAAGUUUGGAGAUCACCAAAUCAGCGGUGACCGCGGUGCCUUCGGUGGGCGUCGGCCUGGUGAAGGGCGGGGUUUCGGCAGUGGCGGGGGGCGUGUCCACGGUGGGGUCGACGGUAGCCAAUAAAGUUCCAUUCACUGGAAAGAGGAAAGACAAAUCAGAGUGAAGAGGAAGGGACGGUUAUAAGUGAUGCUGAUAUUUGAUUGGUCGACAGAGACAGAUGUUUUUGACCAAUGAGCGCCCAAGACAUUUGCACAAAAGGGAGUUUUGUACGUCAUCCCGCGGGGUUUUGUCGUAAACCAACUCGAUCUCAAAGGAAAAAAAUGUUUUUUUUUCUCCUAGCAUCUCAGAUUCGCGACCAAAGACACAUUUAUCAGUGAUGUUUGUUUCUGUAGCUGUUUAACGACAUCACUGGAUUUCUUCUGAAACGCUAUCGGUCAAAUUUUGUGUUUGUAAACUGCGUUUUUUUUAUUAUUGAAUAUAAUAAAGUCAUGUAAAAGAU